AAUACACGAACGCACAUGCAGAUAGAAAAGCGCCUGUAGGGAGUCCAGGCUGCUCCACAAUCAUUCAACCACCGGGGAAAGGAGGCCUCACACCUUCUGAACCGUUGUCUCGUUCCGCCCAAUGUCCUGCAUGCGGCCAUUCAAGUCGCAAGUCACGCGCUCGAAAUGUGAAAAUCUGAGGACUCGAACUUUCUCGCCUUCCUUUAUUGUUCAUACAACGCACAGCGCCGGUACGGUGGCGAUCGGGGCCUGGACCAUCCCGGCUCGCAACCAGCCUCGAGUCACAGAUUCGAUGCCAAACCUAAACCAGAAACAAUUUCCUUGGAAGCAGUAUCUCGAGGAUUUGUAGGAUGGAGAGACCGACGAAACGUUUCACGGUUUCGAUGCCCCAGCGCUUCGUUAUCUCUUCUUGUCCCAUACGUAGCCAUCCAGCCAAGUCCAGGCAGCGCAUCCAGUAGACACCAUAUGUUGCAGAGAAUGGCCAUGUGUGUCGUGGCAUUCUUGUAUUCCAAAGUUGAAGGGAGCAAAACAGCCAAUUCCAUUACGCGUCACCUGGUAUGAGAGAGCUCCACUGUUCCGUCAUGGUGGCUGCGCGGCCAGGCAUUGUUGGCCAUAUGAUCUCAGGGUUAGAGCCAGCACAGAGCAUAGUGAUUCCAAGGUUCCGAAAGUGCUCCCCGGACCAUUAUCAUGCAGAGACAUAGACCAAAUCCGAAGCCAGGUAGGAAAGACUUUGUACCUCCGGACAAUUAGGGGACUGUCCACAUAAAUAGGCCCCAUCGUCCCUCUCGAAGACAGGUGUCAUUAAGUCUUAGAAUUGGUUUUGGUCUCCUGAGACUCCUGGACCGGAAUAAAUUUGGUGAUCUUUGCAAAAUAUAUUUAUUCGCUUGUUCCUCUGUCGUCGUUUCUCAAAAGACUUGGCUUCCUAUAAUUGUCACAGCAAAAAGUCAUAAGCACACACUUCUUCCAGGAGAAAAAAAGGAAGAUGGCAGCUGCAGAUACCAUCGCCCCAACCCUCCCUCCUGCCUUCUCCGCCUAUGUGCCGUCGCCGUCCUCUUCCAAGCCACAGAAUGGUAAAAUAAAACCAAUUGUCAACAACAGUGAUGCUGUAGAGCAAAGUGGGAAUGUUCAGUUUGACCCAAGCGUACAUCUCAACUUUACCGCACCCUCCAAGGUGCAUACCAUGAAAGAACUAGGGUAUAAAGAUAAUGUUGGAGUGUCGCCAGUCGGCGUGUCUGAGCCUUUCCCGCUGUUCUCGGUAGAGGCCAUCAAGCAGAUGCGAAAAGAGGUUCUGAGCGAGAAUGUGUGGCGCCACUAUAAGUUCUCAAGCAAUAUCGCCCAAUGCCAAUUGCGAGGAUUUGCUCCAGAGUUCGCUCCUUUCGUAUAUGAUGCCUGGAAAAAUCCCGAAACUUUGGCCAUAGUUUCCAAAAUUGCUGGAAUUGACCUCGUUCCAGUGAUGGACUGGGAGAUUGGCCAUAUAAACAUCUCCGUCCAAUCAGAGGAACAAAAGAACAAGGCCCUCGCAGAUGCAGCAAGGAAGGCUGAAGAAGGGGAGGAUGAGGAGCAGAUGCCUAUUGUUGAUUGGCAUACGGAUAGUUAUCCCUUUGUUUGCGUGCUAAUGCUGAGCGACUGCACCAAUAUGAUCGGAGGAGAAACGGCUCUUCGUAAGGGAGAUCGCAGUAUUCUGAAAGUCAGGGGCCCACAAAUGGGCUGUGCUGUUGUCCUUCAGGGACGAUAUAUUGAGCAUGUCGCAUUACGCGCCCUCGGCUCCACCGAGCGCAUUACCAUGGUGACAUCGUUCCGGCCCCGUUCUGCAACAUUGCCGGAUGACACAGUCCUUACGACUGUGCGUGCCAUCUCGGACUUACCGGAGCUCUAUUUCCAGUUUAGCGAGUACAGGCUUGAGAUACUUGAGGAGAGAAUUCGCAAGAAGCUGAAGGAGAUACGCGAUCAAAAACGAGCGCGUCGACCCUUCAACACUCAGAGUCUCAAGCGAUUCUUGCUAGAGCAGGAGCAGUUCUUGGCUCACAUGAACAAAGAAAUGGUGGAUGAAGAUAAAGUUACCGUAGGGUUCACGGACGACAGUCAUUUGCUUUCGGAAGAUCUCAAGGAGCGUUCAAGGAAGCGAGCACGUCCUACGAUCGAGUAAGACGCUUCAGAUUCUCGCAUACGAUGCGUGGUGCAUUAGGAUAGAGUGUCGCAAGGGAAAAUGUGCCUUUUUCAGAGUUGCUCGGAAUUUGCCGUCAUUUGUUGUGCUCUUUUGUUUACUGCCUUUGUUGUUGCGGUUGUGGAAGUGCUGCAUCAGGAAGAUAAUAUUUUUAGCAGUGGUCGCUUUUGGAAUCAUAUCGUUGUCGCUUUGGGUAACAGCCUUGGUGUUAUCUUAUCGCUUCGGGAGUUUCAUAGUGCGAAUAUUUCGAGGUACAGCGUAUAUGGUAAAUGCUACCAUUCUCGGGUCACUGAAGAAUGUUGACACGAAUGACUCGAAACAAAUGCAAGCUGCAUGGGAAUGUCGAGACUUGUUUGCCAGAUGAUUAUAAACCAUCGGUGGCAAGAGUACUGGAGACACUGCUUAGUUUUCGCACGUAGAGAAAGGAACAAAAGCUUCCAAAAAGGAUUUUCAAUUCUGAAUCGCAACGUUAAAUAGGUAGAUACUCGACAACGUAUUGACAGUACUCUUGUCAUGAGACUGGCAGCUUCCACAAGCUCUGCUUCUUCCUCAAAACCCUUGGAGGGUCUUGUAUAUUAUCUGCUGGAAUGAUAGGCAAAAUAUCAAAUUGGGAGAUGGCUAGCGACGACUCCCAAGGACCAGCAAUUCGCAAUUCAUCGAACCCAUCCAUGAGAAUGUGUGGAAGGGUCGAGAUGACUAGAAUCAGGUAGCAUCAGCAGUCUCCAAGGCAAGAGAAGAAGGCAGCCACCCUACUUGGAACCCGAUACCAACUGAAAGGUUUCCCACUAUCUACUGAAAGCGGAAGAUAGGAAAGACGCUCAGAUAUGAAGAGCACGUCUUGUCGGAU